GGCCAGGAAGCUGGGGACCGGACAAGAUGAGGGCAAAACCCAAGAGAAGAAAAUUAAAAAAGAAAAGGAGAAGGAAGGGAAGAUAUAAGAAUACACUCUAACAUCAUCGUAAGAUCACUGCCUAUGUAAGUCCAAAAGCUCUCGUCCCUUUUGGCCAAGAGGCCCCCCACCAGUUCUCUCUGCUAGUUGCUGCCUCUUCUCUCGAUCUUUUAUUAAGCUCUGCCCUUCACUUCCAAGUUCAAGAUCAACUCCUCUCUCUCUCUCUCUCUCCCUCCCUCUCUCUCCCCUCUCUCUCUCUCUCUCUCUCUCUCUCUCUCUCUCAAAAGCCAAAAUAAUGGAGCCACUCAUCAACACCAAAUGCAUUGAAGCUCAAACCAGCACUUCCUACUCCUCAAAUAGUCCCUCAGGAUCAAGCUCUUCCUGCUCAAAGAAAGCUGGAGCAGCAGGGAGUGGUUCUAGUGACUCCAGUAAGCAGAAGGCGAGCUCGGACGGCCCGAAUUACCGCGGGGUGCGGCGGCGCCAAUGGGGCCGGUGGGUGUCCGAGAUCCGGGAGCCGAGGAAGAAGUCGAGGAUCUGGCUGGGGACGUUCCAGACGGCGGAGAUGGCGGCGCGGGCCCACGACGUGGCCGCGCUCACGAUCAAGGGCCGGUCGGCCCACCUCAACUUCCCCGAGCUGGCCGAGCUGCUCCCCCGGCCCGCGAGCAAGUCGGCCAAGGACAUCCAGGCGGCGGCGGCCCUGGCCGCCGCGAUCAGCUUCCCGAGGGGCGACGGAGCCGCCGCAGGGGAGGCCGGGCCGAGCCGGCCUCACUCCCCGAACGCCACGGCGGAGUCCUUCGACACCCAGGAGUCGGCGAGUUCGCCGCUGGAUAACGAGGACGACACGUUCAUCGACCUGCCGGAUCUCCUGGUGGGCUUCGGCAACAGGAUGGAGGAGCUCUGCAUGUCGUUCGCAUGGCAAGACGAAGAUGGCACGAGAUUCAGCCACGGAGACGACCCUUUUCUCUGGAAUUAGCCGUCAUUAUUACCACCUCAAUUCCCUGCCAAAAUAGAAAAUGAAUGACUGUGUACAUCCCAGUUUCGGUUGAACUGAGUGAUGAUGAUGGUGAUAACAGAGCCAGCCGUUUUCCUGUCAUUUUUGUGGUUUGUCACAUAAAGGUGGUUCAUUUUUGGAUCUUUCUUGUUCUCUCUCUCUUUUUUUUUUUUUUUUUUUUAGGCAUGAGAGUCUUAUAUAAGUUCUUCAUUCCUUGUAUAUAUUUCUGGAAAAAUGCAUCAUGUUCUGCCGA